CCAAUGGAGUCUCGGUCAAUUCGUGUGUGUUUUAAUUUUUGUUUUCAAAUAGUUUUGUUUCAUUUCCAAACAACCGAUCGACGAUCAACCACAAAAAUGUUGCUGACAAUGCGUCGUCAAAAUGAACUGAUUGUAGGCAGCCAGCAGCAUCCAUCAACUAAUUCCACAUCGCCAGCAGGAGCAGCAUCUGUUACAGGAGCCACUGCAUCGGUGACUCCACCACAGGCAACCCUAGGAUUACCAGGACAAAGUCUCAGCUUAGUACCCACCUCGUCGGCGGCAGGAACACCGCAGGAUUCGCUCAACACUCCAACCACUCCCCUCCUAAGCCUCAGUCGCAAUCCGUUGCAAUUCGCACCACCGCCGGCACCACCCAUUGCCGUGCCCAGCGCAGCCACUUCAGGACCAGCUUUUGGCUUUUACCAGAGCUCCAGUGGUGCACCACUUCAUCAUUCCGUGGCGGCCACCACAGCUGAGAGCGGCGGAGCAACCACCUCGGCAGAGUUGGAUGAGUACGUGGACAUUCUGCAGGUGCAGCAGCUUCUCUUGGACUCAUCCGCAGCUGCAGCAGCGGCGGCAAAUAAUCCUGCAACAACCGAGCAGCAGCAACAGCAGCAGCAGCAGCAACAGCAGCAGCAGCAGCAACAGCAUCAAACAUUGCAGCAGCAGCAACAAUCACAGCAAAUCGUUGCCAAGCCGCGACCGCGAAUUAACCUGCAAAAGGCCACGGAAUAUGCCGCUCAAUUAGCUCAGGCCGAGUCCUCAUCGCCUGGCUCGCGUCGUGUCCUCCUCGAUUAUCCGAAUCCUUAUUUGUACGGCAAUCACUAUCAUCAUCAUACGCCGCCCAGCGAGGACCUUGUUGCCCUUUGGUUUGGCAGCAAUGGGACAGGCGGCGUAGCCCCUGGAACUCCAUCAGCGGCCAUGAUCAUGGAAGGGCUUGAAACCCUGGUGGCGCCCACGCAUCACGCAUUCCUGCUCACCGAGACGGCCGCGGCCGCUCACUUCAAUGUCCUGAGCUUCGACACCUGUCUGUUUAAGACCAGUACGGCGGCCCAGAGCAGCGGCAGUCCGUCAUCGGCGGCGGCCACCUAUCUGAGUCCCGCCCAAUUCGGUGGCAAUCCCAGUGGAGCCGGCACUAGCCAUAGCAGUGGUUCCCUCAACUCCACAUCCGGCUCCUCCUCGUCCACUUCCUCAUCGCUGUUGCAUUACACCAGCGCCUCAGCAGCAGCUGCUGCUGCAGCAGCCGCAUCAGCCGCUGUUGCUGCUGCGAAUAAUUCGGUGCUGCGUGCCCGCAAUCAGACAGCCACGCCCACACAGGGCGGCAGUCCGGGACACGUGGCGGUGCAACCAAGUGCCAACGCCAGCAGUGGUCGCAGCUCAGCCUCGCAUCUUAGCCUUUUGAACACAAGUGGCCAACAUAGUCCCACCACGGCCUCGGUUGUGGAGCAGGUGGAGGCCCACAAGCAGAUGAUCGAGGCACUGCCGGGCGAUCUCAAUACGCCGGUGACCACAUCCAGUGAUAUACCCUCGUUCUUUGGCCCCACAACAGUGGUGGAACCGCCACCCAUUACUGGAUCUAUUGAAUCCGAGGACCUGUCGCUGGAACCCCAAGUGGUAUCCGUCGCCAGUCCGGUGUUGUCACAUUGCAGUCCAUUGAAAGAGGAGCGUAGUACACCGCCAGCUUUGACCAUUGUCAAGGAAGAAUCAAGUAAUAAUAGUUGUAAUAUGUACCCACAACACAACAACAACACAACAUCAUCAUCAACAAAUACAACAACAACCAAACAGACAACAAGUGAAAGCCACAACAACACAGAGGGCGUUGGCUCACCCGGAAACAACAACAACAGCACACAAUCACACCAACAACAACAGCUGCAUCACAGCAGCAACAACAGCAAUACGAAUUGCCACCACAACAGUCAUCAGCAGCAACAACAACAACAGCCCCACAUGAGCUCCCCGCAACACCAGCAUCAAUACCAACAACAACAACACCAAAUAUUACACCAACAACAGCAACAAUUGCCACAUCACCACCAUCAUCAUCAUCAUCACCACCAUCACAGUCACAGUCAACUACAACAUCAACAACAACAAUUACAACAACAACAACAACAGGACCCACACCAACAACAGCCGCUUCACCAACAACAGCAGCUGCAGCAUCAACAACACCAACAACACUACCAACAACAUGCCAUCCAACACCAACAGGCUAGCAAAAUCUCAUAUCGUGGCAUUUUCACCACCACAGGCAACGCCAUGAACGCAGCAGCAGCAGCCGCAGCAGCUGCCCAGCAGCAGCAGCAACAACAGCAACUUCCCUCCCCGCAAUUGGGUGUCUUGCCCGGUCCCAUGUCGCCGCCCUCGAACAGUUUGGGCAACAGCUGGGGUCUGCCCAGUCCGGACAAGACCAUGUUCCAGCCGCCCCUCUUCAGUUUGCCCGCUCACUAUGCCACCAUGCAACAACAGCAGCAGCAACAGCAGCAGCAGCAACAACAACAGCAACAACAGCAGCAGCAACAGCAAUCUGCGGGUGCCGCCCCCUCGCCAUAUGACGACGGACGAGCGGCAGCAGCGGCGGCGGCCCAACACGCUGAACUCCUAGGUCUGACCAUGGACUGCACUCCUCUGUUACUCAAGCAACCGCCACCAACCUAUGCCGGUGCCUCCGGAUUCGAGGGACUGGGCCAACUGCACAGCAGCCACGAACAGUUGCAGCAACACCAGCAGCAGUAUGUGCGUUCGCAGCCCAAAUACCAAUGGCUGGACUCUCCGGCGGACUACGCUCAGCAGCAGCAACAGGUGCAGCAGCAACAGCAGGCCCAACAACAACAGCAGCAGCAGACCUUGGUGCUCCCGGGACCCACUUCAUCGGCGAGUUCCAGCAAUGCAGCCCUGGGAGUGCUAAUACCCAAGCAGGAGAGCUACCCGGACAUGCAACCCGGCUCCAAUGGCACAGGUUAUUCGGCCGGAUCGGGAGGCAGCUCAUCGGCAGCCGCUGCCGCAGCCGCAGCAGCUGCUGCAGCCGUGCAAUUGGCCGAAUACAGUCCGUCGACUAGCAAGGGACAUGAAAUCCUAUCGCAGGUCUACCAGCAGAGCAGCGUGCCCUUGAAACUGGUGCCAGUGAAGCCACGCAAGUACCCCAACCGCCCCAGCAAGACGCCAGUGCACGAGCGACCCUACGCCUGUCCAGUGGAGAACUGCGAUCGCCGGUUCUCCCGCUCCGACGAGCUCACCCGCCACAUACGUAUCCACACGGGCCAGAAGCCUUUCCAGUGCCGCAUCUGCAUGCGCAGCUUCAGCAGGAGCGACCACCUGACCACCCACAUUCGCACCCACACCGGGGAGAAGCCAUUCAGUUGCGACAUCUGCGGCCGGAAGUUUGCUCGCUCUGAUGAGAAGAAGCGGCACGCCAAGGUGCAUCUGAAGCAGCGCAUCAAGAAAGAGAAGGUGCGAGGCGAGCAGCAGCAGCAGCAGCAGCAACAACAGCAGCAACAACAGCAGCAGCAACAGCAGCAACAACAGCAACUGCAGCAGGAGCAACAUCACCUGAGCCUGCAGCAGCAUCCACAGUAUCAGCAUCCUCAUCAUCACCUCCUGCAGGCCGCCGACCUGGCCAUAGUCACCUCGAGUGCGAGCAUGUAGAGACUAGAGAACUCAGCAUCCGGCGUUGGCAAGGCCAGGAUUCAUCCGCCCAAGGUGAACCUGGCCUUGGCUUUGGAUCUCGACGAGAAUGCCCUUCCCUUCGAGCUGACCUCCGACUAUGGAACUCUGUCGCCCCUCACAAGCCCCGUGCAGUUCAAUUACGUGUGGGUCGGCCAGGACUCCAGUCAGCCCUUCUUCUACAAGGACGACGGCUCCUCGGAGAACUGAGGAGGAAACUGAGGGAAGGGAGAGCCAAGGGGAUCAAUCGCUGAUGCUGAAUAAUCAUUAAUGUAUACUGAGUUGUAGUCGUAAUACCGGGGUUGUGCUACCAGCAAAAUCUAUGCAAGACAUUAAAUCGUAAUGAGGUUACAAUAUGCUACAGUUAGCUUAGAUAAUAUAUAUAUCACACAUCCAGUAAUGGCCAGGAUAAGAAUCAAGCAAAGCAAAACAAAGUUACUAACCAUACAAAGCCUAACUAAAGCAAAUUGAUGAUGAUUACUAAUAAUAUUUGAUAUAUAAUUGAAAUGGGAAAAUAUUUAACUUAUGUCUCUAAUACUGUGAUCUCAUGUGUAAUAAUUAUUAAUUUUAAUUUCUUUACAUAACUACAUGAAUAACC